UCCCUCCACCUUUUCCUUUUUCUCCGUUCAAACGACAUCUCUACGUAUAGCCGUAGAAAUAUACGUAUAAUAUAGAUUGCAAUUUUUCACCAUCAACGGAUUCGAUUCGGAACCCUAGCUAGAUUUUGGGAUCCUACACUUAUAGAUAGAGAUAUAUAAUCUACUCUUACUUGUACUCUUUGUGUAAAUAAUUUAUUUCUAGGGGAAGCAAUGGGAGCGGUGACAUCGUCGAUGGCAGCAAAGUUUGCGUUUUUUCCGCCGAAUCCGCCAUCGUAUGGAGUAGUGGUGGAAGAAUCGACGGGGAAAUUGAAGUUGACUGAAGUGGCGGCGAAGGAAAACGUUGACAUAUUGAAGCUACCGACGAAGAAGGGAACGGAGAUUGUCGCGGUGUAUAUUAGGAAUCCGGCGGCGAUGCUGACCGUACUUUACUCGCACGGCAACGCGGCUGAUCUAGGGCAGAUGUACGAGUUGUUUAUUGAACUCAGUCACCUUCUCCGGGUCAAUUUGAUGGGAUAUGACUAUUCAGGAUAUGGGCGGUCCACCGGCAAGCCUAGUGAGCAGAAUACUUAUGCCGACAUAGAAGCUGCAUAUCGAUGUCUUGAAGAGACAUAUGGGGUGAAAGAGGAAGAUGUCAUACUAUAUGGACAGUCAGUUGGUAGUGGACCCACACUGGAUCUGGCAUCGCGAUUGUCAAGAUUGAGGGCAGUGGUUCUUCACAGCCCAAUACUCUCUGGACUUCGUGUGAUGUAUGCAGUGAAGCGGACAUAUUGGUUUGACAUAUAUAAGAAUAUUGACAAAAUACCAUUGGUUGAAUGUCCUGUCCUCAUUAUUCACGGCACUGCAGAUGAUGUAGUUGAUUGCUCCCAUGGCAAACAACUUUUUGAGCUAUCUAAGCAGAAAUAUGAGCCUUUGUGGGUCAAAACUGGUAACCAUUGUGAUUUGGAGCUCUUCCCGGAGUACAUAAUACAUCUGAAGAAAUUCAUAUCAGCUAUUGAGAAAUCAACUAGUUUUAGAAAUGUGUCUGCACUUUGCAUGAACCAAAUAGAUAAACCUCGAAGCAGUACAGAUUGUAGACCCCGGCCAAGCACAGAUCAGAGGGAGAAAUCUAGGCUAAGCACAGAGAAGAGAGAGCCUAGAACAAGCACAGAUCAAAGAGAUAAAUUUAGAGCUAGCAUAGACCGCAAGGAAAAGUCGAGCAAGAGUGUGGAUCUCUCAGAUAAGGCAAAUGAUAAUACAGAACAAUCAGAGAAAGCUAGAAAAAGCAUUGAUCGCUUUGGCAAUAUGAUGAGAUCUGCCGUAUUGUGCAAUAUUGAUUGCUUCAAGCCCGUGGGAGCAAAUGUCUGAAUGUCUGAUGAAGUUAUACGAUUGCUUUCAGAUAGCCGUUUCCAAGAAUGUACGUGCUCCCGAGCUCAACUGAACAUUCCAAUGCAAACACUGCUUGUAGAUACCACGGCGAACCAAAAUGGGCUUAGCAUGAUAGUUAUCACACGGGAUCCUACAGUUUGGAUGAAUUUUAGGUUAAUAACCAGGAAAAAGUGUGGUGGGGUUUCUCCCGUUGGGUUACCUGAUUAUAUGACCCAUUACAAAAUGUUCCUUUUUAGUUUUAUGACCCAUUUCACAGGAGAUCUAUUAAUUAUGUUGAAGACAUAGGAAAUACAGUGCUAUAAAGUACAAUAGGUCAUUCUCUUUAAUUCAAAUUGUAACUGGUUAUUUAUAUCAUUUCCUCUCCCGUGCCUGUACCAAAUGGGAAAUGUUAUGCUUCAAUACCCUGAA